AUGAACGAAUCUCCCCCAGCUACGUCGCCAGCGCACCUCGCGCCCACCCGCGGACGCCACCAGCGCCGCUCGACAUCCGACUAUUCGAUGACGCGUGAACCGAAUGCCGACGAUUUGCUUACGAACCUCACGCCGCGGACCGUGGUCGAUGCCUUCCGGAACCCCUCAGGGCCCCUGAAAGCCUGCAUAGAGGCGGCCACCCCUUCCGAGCAGGCGUUUGCGCUGAGAGUAGCGAUUGCGUCCAACAGCAUACACGAAUGGCUUGACGAGCUUUCGGCCUGGCCAUGGCCCGCCGGCGGGGGUUCUGCUGGCUUCGAGAUACCUUCCGCUAAUAUGGUGAAGCUCCCAAAGUCCACCGCCCCAGCCAAUGACGAAGCGCCUGAAUGGGAUACACGUUACAGCGGGAGCAUCCCUACCACCGGACUCGCGAGAUAUGAGAAGCGGAUAGACGACAUCGCCCAGAGUUUGGAGGAGCUCGACAUUGAAGAAAUCAAGAGCCAGGUCUUAAAUAACCACAUUAUGCCCCUGUCAAGGCCGGGCACGCCCAUAAUGGGCUCUGGACGCUCAAUCUCGUCCCUCUCCUCUUUUGCGAAGCUGGACGAUCUGACUGCCCUGGUCACGGCGACCACGGUGCAAGCGUUGCCAAACCUGUCCAAGCUCACCAGGCUGAUGACUGCUUGGAGCUUUCGCCUUCUGGUGCUACGCAAGAUACCGGUGUUUCUGACGUCAGUUGCCGACGCCGAGGUCGCUCUCCAGUCUGGCUGGAAUGCCAUCAAUUUCGGCCCGGUUCGCAGCCAUGCCACGGAUAUCCCAGAGAGCGCCACGGGCACCGGAUCCGCGACACUGUCUCAGGAAGAGUUUGAUGUCAUGAAAUCCGUCCUCGGACGCAAAGUAGCAAAGGCCGGCCGCGACCUGGAUGCCAUGCUGGACGUUCUCGAGGGACAGUCGGACACGCUACCCGAAGCGUGGAUCGACCGUGUGGAUGUCUUGGAGCAAGGAUACGGCGAAUGGACAGUGGCUUGCGAGCGAAAGGUCAAGGAGGUCACCAACUUCGCUCCGUUGCCGCCGCAGGUCGUCCCGAAGUCGAGCGCACCAGAACAGCCACUCCAGGACACGAAUAAAACCAAAGCUGACGCGCCAGCCACCAGCGAAUCACUUGCUGAUAGAGAGACGGUAGGCUCAUCAGGGAAUACGUCUUCCGCUAACGGAGGCAUUGCGCUGGAGCCCAGGCCGUCGCCCCAAACCAUCCCGCCAGUCAUCAGAAUCCACCCGACCACGGAAGACGAGGGCCCUCAACUAGAGGAUGCUGUUAAUAGUGACGCUGAAUCUGCUCAAGGUGAUUUGAAAGGGUCAGCGGACGCACUUUCCACGUCCAUGCUCGCGUCGGACCUCGUCGAAGCCGUCCAGGAAGAGCAGGAAGAUCCUGCGAGUGCUCUCGCCUCUCUACCUCCCUCGGAUUCUGAGCUGUCGGAUACUUCGGAACCCAGCGUGUUACAAAGAGAAGAGCGUGGAAGACGCGCUAGCAAUGCGUCACAGUCCUCAACAGUCAUCUAUGAAGCUCCCAGCGUGUUCACGGAUUCGUUCUCUAGCGAUCUCCUCGAACAGGGAACGCCAGAACGCCUACGUCAAAAACCUCUGCCCCUGGACCAGGAUGUCUCUGGCUUCCAGUCAUUCCGGUCGAGCACAAGGUCAAUGUCGGUGAGCUUCAACGACAAGCCCACGGUUACAGAGCUGCCGAGCUUCCCCAGCCCCCCAGGCACCCCGACGAAAUCGUCUAUUUUGGAGGAAGACGCCGCGACAGAGCCUGGCAGCCCAUCCGAGAUGAGUAUGCCCGGCUCAUACGACCAGCUUCAGCAACAAAUCAGUGAGAUAUUGGAGUCCGUGCCGGCUAAGAUUCGCUUGACUGCCGAACCCCCGGCCGUCAACCUCAACCCGCCGGAUUUCAAGAUGCCGACGAGUCGCAAGAGCUCCCGCUCGGACGCCAUCCCUCGCAGCCAGUCCACCCACUCGAUGCGUUCGGCGUAUUCCCGAUCCGCGACACCCUCGUUCACCCUCGCUCCAGCACGCGGCUCUCGCCCGCGGCACCAGCGUGGCAACCAGGAGAUCAAGCUUUACCAUCUCUCGCGGUCGAACGGCGAGGCCCCCAUCAAGCUCUUCAUCCGCUGCGUGGGCGAGCACGGCGAGCGCGUCAUGGUCCGCGUCGGCGGCGGCUGGGCCGAUCUCGGCGAGUAUCUCAAAGAAUACGCGAGCCACCACCUCCGGCGCGCCGCGGGUGCCGCCGGCACCGACAGCAAGAUCGAAGUCAAAGACGUGCCGCGCAACGGCGCCGUGCGCGCUGACUCCACCCCGCCUAGCCGCCCGGCCUCGGCAAUGGACGCCCAUUCCCCCAUCUCCCCGCUCAAGCUGCGCAAGACCCGCCGUCCUCCUCCGCCCGCUGCCGCCGCGGAUGAACAACAACCCCCACCACCACCUCCACCGGCACCUGCUACCGGCACUGCUGUUGCUGGUGCAGUCCGCCCCAAGACGCCGCUGGCGAGCGGUGGUAGUGGAAGGCUGGACCGCACGACACCGCCCUCGGACGCGUCGUCACACUCGUCGAGGUCGUCCCGCCUCAGUGGAUGGGAUCCCGACGAUGACGAGUCGGCCGCGCUGGGCAUGGCGGGACCGAGGGCCAAGCAGAUCCAGAUGAGCGAAGAAAGCAGGGCGUGGGUGGAGAGCGUCAAGGAGAAGGUGAGGAUCGCGAGUGGUGGGUCGACAGCGGCGGCUGCUGCUGCUGCGGCGGCAGCUGUGGCGAAUGCGGGUUAUAGUAAGGAGGGUGGUGCUGCUGCUGCGGGGAGUGGGUUGGAGGCGAGCUUGAUGGAGAGGUUUGGGGAGAUGGGCAAGGUGGGGAGUACGAAGAGGCUUUUUAGAAGGGGCUAG